AUGCCGAUUGAUGAUGAUACCACUGUGUGCAUAUAUCUUCUGAUGGAAGAGCUUUUGCUGCAAAACAUAAUUCUAAUACUGGUAACAUAUCACAUUAUGGCUAGAUUGAGAUCACGUAAACGAAAGAGAACUAAUAAUGUUGCAUCUUUUGGAAUGAUUGAACGUAUUCCCGAUCAAGUUAUGCAUAUGAGUAGACUCGUAGGUGUUAGCGAUAUUGAUUGCCUAGCAAAUCUACGAAUGGACCGCAAUACAUUCGGUAGGCUUUGCAUUGUACUGCGUGAUCUAGGUGGGUUAACCGAUGGGAGGUACAUAAAGGUUGAAGAACAGGCAAUUUUAAAAUUGCACACGAUUCUACUUGUCAAACCUGUGCCCGUUCCAGACGACUGCACGGACAAUAGGUGGCGAUGGUUCAAGGGUUGUUUGGGUGCUCUCGAUGGCACGUAUAUAAAUGUAAUGGUAAGCAAUGCUGACAAGCCGAGUUGGGAAGGAUCGGCGGUGGACUCGAGAAUUUUGCGUGAUGCACUCACACGUGUGAAUGGCUUGAGGGUGCCCAAGGGCAAUUACUACCUUUGUGACAAUGGGUACGCAAACAGUGAAGGGUUUUUGGCUCCUUAUAAAGGGAUUCGUUAUCAUUUGAAGGAAUGGGGGCCCAAUGCAGCUAGACCACAGAAUCAAAUGGAACUGUUCAAUCUACGCCAUUCCAAGGCACGAAACGUGAUCGAACGUGCCUUCGGGGUAUUGAAAAUGCGCUGGGGUAUUUUGAGGAGCAACUCUUUCUACCCGGUGAAGACUCAAAACCGUCUAAUCAUGGCGUGCUUCAUUUUGACCAAUUACAUUCGAACUGAGAUGCCGAACGAUCCUAUCGAGCAAGAAUUUGACAUAGCAAACAUGGAUGCCGAGGAUGAUGGCGAGGGGGACCGUGAGUACAUAGAUGCAGUAGAGUCUUCACCCCAAUGGAAUGCAUUGAGAGAUGCACUAGCAGGAGAAAUGUGGCAAACCUAUUUAAACAACAAUUGA